CUCAAAGGCCACAUGAACUUGUGGCUCAGAAAAUUCCCCCCGUUUCUGAUGUGGCAUCUUCCCACAUGAGCUUGCACUCGCAGCAGGGGCCUCUUUUUCUACAAAGAGAGAAGAACCCCCCCCCCGGCUUCGCUGUGGAGAAAACAGAGAAAGCAGAGAGACGGGCAGUGGGCUAAUCUUUUGCUGAGACCUUUUGAACUGCUCCAGAGAGAGAGAGAGAGAAAACAGAGCAGAGCUGUGGCAACGAGGAGAAUGUUGGAGAUGAAAGAUGCCGCGAUAAAGCUGUUUGGGCAGACGAUUGGUCUCCGGGAGAAGCGGGGCGUUCUUGAUGAGCCGUCCUGGGGAGGUGGGAAAGAGUUUGCUUCGGAAGCUGGAGGUCCAGGCUCCUGGGAUCGCGGUGGCUCUGUCUCUGCUGAUGCUGCGUGGCAGGAACACAGAGGUGGAAGAGAAGCAGGGGAGACUCGCGGAGACAAGGCAUUAUCAGAAAGAGAACCGAUGAAUGACAAAUAUGAAGAAGGCAUAUCAUGUUGGGCGGUGGACAACCCAAAAGACUCUGCUGAAUCAACGAUCAUUAACCAGAAAGAUGAAACGGGCAGAGAAACUUCUCCCCCUUCUGCGCAGAACAAAGAAGAGAGCGAAACGAGUAUCUCACGAGAAACGACUUUAAAGAAGCCUGAAAAGAUACUACCGUGCCCGCGAUGCAACAGCAUGGAUACCAAGUUCUGUUACUACAACAACUACAACCUGAAUCAGCCCAGGCACCUCUGCAGAAAGUGCCAACGGUACUGGACUGCCGGAGGAACGAUGAGGAACAUCCCUGUUGGCGCUGGCCGUCGUAAGAGCAAGAAUUCUUAUGCAGCCACGGUGGCACUGUUUCACAACACGGGAGUACCUGAAUCUCUUCGAGCUGAUUGUGCUGGUGAUUUGAAAACCGCCGGAACCACCAUCCUGAGGUUCGGUUCAGAUUCUCCUAAUUGGGGUCAAUCUGCAGCUCCAGUGCCAAGUACUAUAAACGGAUUUCUUGAUCCUGGACGAGCAAUUCCAUGUUCUGGUAGGGGGUUAGAUAACUUCAGCGACGAACGUUCGUGUGGAUCUUCUUUGACAGCUUCAAAUUCAACGGAGAAGGCAAGCAACUGUAGCGCACCAGAACCGGCAGCCCACAAUUACCGAGGCUUUCCAUUGGAUUCUGUUCAAUGGAACUCCCCAACUGCUGUAUCUACUCCAGGCUUCCCUGUUUCAUUUUACCAAGCGCCACAAUGUUAUUGGGCUUAUGCACUGCCUGGUUCCUUGCCCUCCUCACUUAGCCACAGCAACGCGAGCACUAGUCCUCCAAGUUUGAUGAUACUAGGGAAGCAUUCGCGAGAUGGGAAUGUCUAUGAUUGCAGAGCAACUACCAAGCAAUCGAUUAUCGGGGCAAGGGAAGCACUGGACGGAGUUUCUGAUUCAGGGGAGUCGGACGGUUUUUUCUCCCAGGCUUUUCAGUCCAUUGCGAAAGGCAAGAGCUUCAAUGACAGGAGGACUCUGUUGCUGCAAGCGAAUCCCGCAGCGCUGUGCCGGUCAAUGAACUUCCAGGAGAGCACGUGAGAGGUAGAGACGAAUCCACCCAAACUUCGAAUUUGUAUGAUAAAACAAGUCGGGAGCUAUGCCGAUGCCUCUCUUGUCAGACUGUUUUCCUAGAUUUUUGCUGCUCCGUCGCGUGAAGACAUUCAUCAAUUUGGGCAUUUCUCUUUGAUUCCGGGCUAUUUUUCCUGGGCUUGAGCCGGAAUUUUAGACCCCAUGUUCUUUUAUCUAUCCAGUCCAUUUCAAGUUGAAACUCGGAGGGCAGCAGGCAACAUGGCAUGCAUGAAUAUUUUCCCUA